CAAACAAACAAACACCCCGGCAGACUCUCACUCACGCACCUCCAUUCCUCUUUUUGCUUUUACAACCCUCUCAUCUGCAGAAGCUUGAAUGAAGUUUUAGGAUUUUCGCUCACCUUCAUACUCCUAUUGAUGGCGUCUUCCAUCGAAGCAGAUGAGAGAGACAUAGAGAGCGGAGUGAUGACUCCGAACUGGAUUCGAAACCCUCUAGCGGAGCCCUCACCAACACCGUCGCCUUCAACGCCAACUGCUCCAGCUCUUGUUCUGUCAAAUUCCGGCAAGCGAAUAGAUCAGGCCGGGAAGAAGAAGUACGUGAAGCAGGUCACUGGGCGCCACAAUGACACGGAGAUGCACUUGGCCGCGCAGAAGGGUGAUCUGGCUGCUGUGAGGCUGAUUCUUGAUAAUAUUGACUUGCAGAUGAAGGAGACUUUGAGUGGAUCUGAAUUGGAUACAGAAGUUGCGGAGAUUCGGGCAUCCGUGGUGAAUGAGGUGAACGAGUUGGGGGAGACUGCUUUGUUUAUUGCUGCAGAGAAAGGACAUCUUGAUGUGGUUAAGGAGUUGUUGCAAUAUUCGAGUAAGGAGUGCGUUUCGAAGAAAAAUAGGUCGGGUUUUGAUCCUUUGCACAUAGCGGCAGUGCAAGGGCACCAUGCUAUUGUGCAAGUGCUACUGGAUCAUGACCCAGGGCUAAGUCAAACCUUCGGCCCAUCAAAUGCAACCCCUCUUAUAUCUGCAGCUACUAGAGGGCACACAGCAGUAGUCAAUGAACUGCUGUCAAAGGAUGGUAGCUUGUUGGAGAUUUCAAGAUCCAAUGGGAAGAAUGCAUUGCAUUUAGCUGCCCGACAGGGGCAUGUAGACAUUGUCAAAGCUUUGUUGGACAAAGAUUCACAAUUGGCAAGGAGGACCGACAAGAAAGGGCAGACUGUGUUGCACAUGGCUGUGAAAGGGCAAAGCUGUGAGGUCGUGAAGUUGCUUCUUGGGGCAGAUGCUGCUAUUGUGAUGCUUCCAGACAAGUUCGGCAACACAGCAUUACAUGUAGCCACGAGGAAAAAGCGAGCAACGAUAGUGAACGAGCUGUUAUUACUUCCUGACACAAAUGUUAAUGCACUAACUAGAGACCACAAGACAGCUCUUGACAUAGCUGAAAAACUUUCCCUCUCUGAAGAAUCCUCAGAAAUAAUGGACUGUCUUUCACGUUAUGGUGCUGUGAGAGCCAAUGAACUGAACCAGCCAAGGGAUGAGUUAAGGAAAACUGUGACUCAGAUUAAGAAUGACGUGCAUACCCAGCUUGAACAAACCAGAAGAACCAACAAGAAUGUUCACAAUAUCUCUAAAGGGCUCAGGAAACUCCAUAGAGAAGGGAUCAAUAACGCGACCAACUCAGUGACUGUGGUGGCUGUGCUAUUUGCAACAGUGGCCUUUGCCGCUAUAUUCACUGUACCUGGUGGGGAUUUUGAUAGUGGAAUGGCUGUGGUAGUGAGUCGUACUUCUUUCAAAAUAUUUUUCAUCUUCAAUGCUAUUGCACUCUUUACAUCUUUGGCUGUCGUUGUUGUACAAAUUACCCUGGUUAGAGGAGAGACUAAAGCAGAAAAACGGGUGGUGGAGGUCAUCAACAAAUUGAUGUGGCUGGCCUCUGUUUGCACUUCAGUGGCUUUUAUGGCCUCCUCAUACAUAGUGGUUGGCAGGAAGCAUGAAUGGGCUGCAAUCUUGGUUACAGUGGUGGGGGGAGUGAUAAUGGCUGGCGUUCUUGGCACCAUGACUUACUAUGUGGUGAAGUCCAAGAGGGUUCGAUCAUUGAGGAAGAAGGAGAAGAGUACAAGGAGGAGUGGGUCCAACUCAUGGCAUCAAUCUGAUUACUCAGAUUCAGAAGUGAAUCGGAUAUAUGCCCUAUAAUUUGUGAGUUGUGAUCUUUGGUAUGCUUUUGAGACUGUAAACGACAACAACAUUGUACCAGUACAGAAUGCCGUAUCUGUUGUCACAUUUGCUUGUGCUCUACAUUCCUGCUGUUAGAAUGUGGCGGAAUCAAAAUGCUAGCCUCUUAACCUCCUUCUUUGAUUUAGUAAAGAGGACAGACAAGGCAGUGAUGAGAGGAGGGAAUGGAGUUUGUGCCAUCUUAUCUUGUAUGUUUGCUUCAAUGUAUCUGAACACCGUAUAGUCAUGCUUGGUGUGGAAACAUGUAAAUUAUCAUGUAAUUUUUUUGUUUGAGCUAAAAAUUUCAUACCCAUUUUGUUUGGGCUAAAAAUUAUAAAGCUGUGGUUUGGAAUA